CGCAAUGGACGGCGGAUAUGUAGACUGUCACUGUCACAUUUCAGCUACCGAAUUUAACGAGGACAUAGACCAUGUGAUUACGAGAACCAGAGAGGCUGGAGUGAGGGCUUUAAUCUCAGUGACGGAGGAAGUCAGUGAGUUUGCGAGAGUGAUCCAGCUGUCCAAGGUUUAUCCAGGCCUGGUGGCACCAUGUCUGGGAGUUCAUCCUGUUCAGCGCUCAGGCUCUCAGGAGCAGCGCAGUGUGACAAUAAAGGACCUGGAACCUGCAUUGCCUUUAUUUCAAAAGUACAAAGGUGACAUUGUGGCCAUCGGCGAGAUUGGUCUUGACUUCACACCAUGGUAUGCAACCAGUUCACAGCAACGCGAGGAGCAGCAGGCAGUCUUCAUAAAACAAUUACAAAUAUCCAAGGAAAUGGAUUUACCAGUAAAUGUUCAUUCACGAUCAGCAGCGAAGGUCACCAUCGGGGUCCUUAAGGAGCACGGGGUUGGCCGUGCACUGCUGCACAACUUUGCAGGAAAACCAUCGGUGGCCAUGGAGGGGGUCCAAGCUGGUUGUUUCUUCUCUUUUCCUCCUGCUGUCUGCAGGAACGAACAGAGAGCCAAGCUGAUCAAACAGAUCCCCCUGGAGUACAUCUGCCUGGAGACAGACUCUCCUGCUCUUGGACCAGACAAAUAUGUCCGAAAUGAGCCCGAGAACAUCAGUCUUGCUUGCAAGUACAUUGCACGAGUGAAAGGAAUUGCAGAAGAAAAGGUCAUGGAAGCAACGGCUCUAAAUGCCUUCCGCCUCUUCCCAAGAAUCAAGAUGUUAGACCAGCAAACUGACUAUAGCAAUUGAAUGAACUCAGAAAGAAUACCUAAUAAAUUUAAUUACUGUGUUUAUUAUUUUUAACGUAUCAUUUCAGAGCUGUGUUACUUUAAUGUGUCAUACAGCUUUCUCAUGUCACUAUAUUCUGUCUAACAGGAGGACCUCUGUACUAAGAUUUGCAGUUAUACAUGGAUGCACUGGAUGGAGAUAAUAAAUGCAACAUCGUCAACUGUAAUUAUUCAGGUGCUAAGGCAGCCAUUUUUAAAUUUAGAAAAUAUACACAUUUGUUUUAAAUGCAAAUUUAAGAAACAAAAAGUGUUGCAAUAAAAAUACACCAGGCGUCCCGUCCCGUUCAUAUUACACGUGCAUUUGACAGAUGGGAGUGUUUCUGGAAGACUUUCACACCAAAUGCACCUUAUCUGUAGGAAUAAAUAUAAAAGCUAGAUUUAAAUUAUUGUAAAUAAAGAUAAA